AUGAAGAUUUGGCCUUUGUUGUUCAAUCAGAUUAAUUAUGGCCCUUAUUUUCCUUUUGCUAUUGCUAAUGUUGCUAUUGCUGCUGUUAUUCCUGCUACUACUGCCCAUCCUACUGCUGCCCCUACAGCUCCUCCUCCUACUCCCUCUCCUACUGCUGCUGCUUCUCCUCCUACUUCCCCUACCACUGCUGCUCUUACUGCUGCCACUCCUACUACUGCCACUCCUACGGCUACCCCUCCUACUACUGCCCAUCCUACUGCUGUUGCUAAUGCUCCUCCUCCUACUUCCCCUCCUACUGCUACAGCUCCUACUGUUGCCACUCCUACUACUACCCCUCCUACUGCUGCCCAUCCUACUGCUGCCCCUACUGCUCCUCGUCCUCCUACUGCUGCUCUUACUGCUGCUGCCGCUCCUCCUACUACCAGUCCUACUGCGGCUCCUCCUCCAACUAUCACUCCUGCUGCUGAUACUCCUACUAACAAUCCUAAUACUACUCCUACUAGUACUACUGCUCCUCCUCCUCCUACCCCUCCUACUGCUGCUCUUACUGCUGCUGCCGCUCCUCCUACUACCAGUCCUACUGCUGCUCCUCCUCCAACUAUCACUCCUGCUGCUGAUACUCCUAUUAACAUACCUAUUCCCACUCCUACUAGUACUACUGUUCCCCCU